UCACAGGUGGUGGACGGACAGCAAAGUGGCCAUGGACACAGGGAUAUAUGACGGCGUGCUGGUGACCGGGUCCAACUGGGGAAUUGGACUCGAGCUCGUGCGACAGCUAGCUGAAUCGGCCACCCCUCCAUCCCAGAUCUUUGCCUUGAAAGACCUCUUGCAGAAACACUUGAAACUGAUCACCAUCAUCCCCUUGGACACUUCGGACCCAGCCAGCAUUAAAGAGACCUCCGGGGUCGUGGGGAGCCAACUAGGGGAUGGUAGCCUGAGUCUGCUGACCAACAAUGCUGGCGUGAACAUUCAGAGCAAUCUGCAGGACACAGGCAUGAAGGAAAUGGUAGAUGUGUAUGUCACCAAUGUGGUGGGAUCCCAUAGCAUGCCUGCCAUCAUCAACGUCUCCUCCGUGCUGUCCUCCAUAGAGAAGUGCUCUGAAACCUUCGCCGAGGCUACCAUGUAUCCCUACCGCACCAGCAAGGCUCCGCUGGCGGUCGCAGACAGCGCUAGUGGGAUGCUGCGAGUCAUUUCCUCCCUCACAAGCACGGACAGCGGCACUCUGCUGGACUGGGAGGGGAACGGGAUCCCCUGGUGAUGUUCCAGCUGAGCAACUGCCAGAUCUUUAUGUAGCAAUUUGUGUGACCACUUUGCACUUUGUCUGGUAAAUAAAAUAAAAUGAAGCAUUUUGUCCA